AAAGUCUCCCAUUAUCAUUGCUUUCUUCCCCCAUCUUUCUCUCACUACAUAGAGAGAGAAAGAGAGAAAAAUAUUUAGAAAAAAAGAGUUCUUGUUGUGAAGAUCAUUAAGAGAUGGGAGCCUGUGCUAGUGUCUCCAAGGCCAUGAGAGGCGAUGCGGCGCCACCACCGGAGCCACAAAAGGAGGUGAUCACCACCACCGAGGUGGCGGAAAAGGAUGUUGUUGUGGUGGAAGGAGAAAAAAAGAAGGUGGAUGGUGGUGGUGAUGAGAAGGUUAAGGUUGGGGAUGAUGAGAAGAAUGAGGAUGGUCAGGAGGGUGAUGAGGCUGACAAGCACCAAUCUCUUGGAUCUUUGCUCAACGAGAGCGUAGAAGCGAAGGUGUCACCACCAGAAACAGAGAAGAUCACCAUAGAAGAAACACCAGAAACAGAGAAGACCACCGUAGCUGAAACCGCUGCACUAGAGACAGUAAAAUCAGAUGAACAAAAGCCCGAGGUAGUUCCUGUGGCAUCGGAGGAGAAGGCAGCAACCUAUGUAGCACCAGUUGCACAUGUAACCACUGUGGAGAAGGAAACAGAGACCAUAACAAAGGAAGAGAAGUGAUUUUACAUGGGAUGAUUGAUUUUAUUAUAAUUCUGAGUUUUUAAAUUUGUUAUGGAUCAAAAUCUAAGUAUACUGUCAAAGUUGUGACAUGAUUGGACAAUGGUUUUCUAUAGGGGGUGAGUGACCUGUUUUGAGAUAAUUCUUGGUGACUGUUGUUUCUUUUGGUUUUUAAUUCUAUUGUUCCUUAAUUUGACAAUAGUGGUUGUUUUGUUCA